AUGUCGGUGUUGCGCUACGCCGUGCGCGGCCGCGUGCAGUACUACCCGGUUCAUAUCGCCUCAGAGCUGCAGUAUAAGCGCAUGCGGAUGGGCCAGUGGCCGCCUGAAGGCGCAUCGCCGCUCCACCCAGUAGAUCGAGCCUUGGGGCAAGCAGUUCUUCGUCUGCAGCCUGAGACAUUGCUCUGCGUCGCCAAUCAUGAGCGGAAGCCGCUGAUCGCGUUCGACAGCAUCAAGGAGGCGCUGGAGAAGUACGAAAACGAGGAGCAGGUGAGCCUUAAUGCCAUGCUGCGCAAAGGCGUGCAGGAGCCGGACAUGCGCUACGAGAUGCGGCGCCUGGAGGUGCUAGAGGACAACUACGCAAUGCAGCGCAUGAAGACGGGCAGGCACAGCUCCCACACGAUCAUGCGUGCGCGCCCCAGGAACAAAAAGUAA